GAUACGCCAUUGUUCUCUGACUCGUGCAGUCGUGCUUGACCCUCUCUCCUUCACCUCAGUAAUCAGACGCAGUCAUACACAAAGAGGGAGAAAGGAUCUCUCUAAUGCUAUAAUGCUGGUUUCAUUAACGUCUCUGAAUUAAGCAGCCCUAGUAUAUCUGAUCUGAUGAACGGGAUUUACUUUCAGAAGCAAGAUUUAUCAUCUCGAUGGGUCAAAUUCAGAGUGGCAUUGCCUCGGCCGAUCAAAGCGUCCAAGACCCUUUAAUUGCAAAACAUGAAUCUCGGCCAACUUCAAUGGAAGAUUUAAUUGCAGAAGCUACAGCAUUUGGUGAUAAUGAGAAUGAGUCCCUUGAUGCAAAGGCACAGAAAGCAUUGGAAUGCCCUUGUGUAGCUGGAUUGCGAAAUGGUCCAUGUGGGACCCAGUUUUCAGAGGCUUUUGUCUGUUUUCUCAAGAGCACAGCUGAAGAGAAGGGCUCGGAUUGUGUGCAUCCAUUUGUGGCUUUGCAGAAUUGUAUCAAAGCAAAUCCCGAUGCAUUUUCCAAGGAUCUUUUAGAUGGUGAUGAUGAUGGUGGGAGCAAGAAAGAGGAAGAACACACCCAAGAAUACAAAAUCAUUCCACCAAGAUGGUCGAGAGAACCAAAAGACAAGCUUUAGAGAUAUUGAUUACUCCUACAUAUCUGACAUAUCAUAUGUGGUAAUUUUUUUUUUCUCGAUCCUCUUAAUUCUUUUUUGUGGAGGAAGAAACUGUUGAGCUGUUUUGACAAGUUAAUUUUCUUACUUCUACAAAGGUGUAGAAGUGGUAGGCUGACAUUGGUCAGUGAUUGAUGUAUUUUUUUAUUAGGGUUAUACUAGCCUGGGAGAAUCAUAAGGUAUGGGGAAACCUCAGCCUCUCAUUUCAUGGAAGCUGAGGUCAUCAGGUGGGACUAGGGUCAUAAAGUGGAAUGCAUGCAAAUACAAUGGGGGAUUGUGUGGUCACAAUUCAUUCUCAUAGCAUAAAGUCUAAGGUGUUUUCCACAUACUAUCAUUUGCCUUUUUAUUAAUAUAGAGGAACAAGUUAGAUCUUCUUUGUGGCAGAAAAAAGAGAUGUGGUGCUUGGAGCUAUUCCUAAUAGAAGGCAAUAGACUCGUAAAGAUGAGCAAAUCUAGCUGCCUUCAACUUCCGUAUGUGAUAUCUGUAAUGGGAAAGAUUCCAUUCUGCUCAAUUCCAUUUAGGAGUUUAUAGGGCCCAAGAAUCAGUUUCUUGGAUGAUAUUUACUUCUGGCUGUUGUGGUAUAGAAAUAUGAUUCAUGUUCCAAAAAUUAGUGUCACUUUGAUAUGGAUUGGCCAACUUUUGUCUAGUUAUCCAAUGGGGUUAAAAAUACCACCUUGGAGUUCUCCUUGCUGCGAAUGGGUAAUAAAAUUUCUCGUUUGCAAUUGAUUUGA